AUGGAAUCGGUUCUCACUCCCCCGUUGCCGUUUAAGUUUGAGGAAAAUGUAACCAACAUGGCGUUUGGCAGUUUGUGUGAAUCUUGGGAGAAGUGGAAGAAUGGUUUUCAAAUAUACGUUAAGGCAUGCGAACUUAAUAAGAAAACGGAAGAAAUACAAAUGAACAUAUUUUUACACGUCGUAGGGGAACAAUGCCGUGAGAUAAUAGAACAAAGUAAGACGAAAAGUACAACAUUAGCGGCCUUAAUAGGUCAAGUCGACAAUCAUUUUAAAGCGAAAAAAAAUGUAACGGUCGAGCGUCAUCGGUUUUUCACUCGUCAACAAGGUGAACAUGAGUCCAUAGACCAGUACGUCUUUGAAUUGAGAAAAUUGGCUCAAUCAUGCGAGUUUGGUGACUUAAACGACGGAUUAAUAAAAGAUAGACUCGUAUGCGGAAUCGUGAGUGCAGCGAUUAGGGAGCGGUUGCUACGCGAGGACGACCUAACGCUAAACAAAGCAUUAGAAAUAUGUCGGGCUGCUAUCGUGUCGAAAAUGUAUUCGGAGGACAUUAAACGAGAGUGCACUAGCGAGUUAAAAGGUAGCGAAGUGUGUGCGGUAGCUAACAAAGAAGUGUUCGAGUUGAAUCGGUCAGGUGCGAAAGUCGAGGCAAAAUCGAGUCGUAGUAUGAGUUCCGGACGAGGAUGGCGCGGGCGCGGAUGGGUGCCUGGCGCGGGGCGCGCUGGCGCGUCGGGCGCUGCGGGCCCGGCCGGCGCUCAGCACCGCGCGCCGUACGCGCAUCGCGGAGGACGGUGCGGCCAGUGCGGCGGCGUUCACAAAAAAUACGACUGUCCGGCGUAUGGCAGGAGCUGCAUGAAAUGUUCCAGACCGAAUCACUUUGCCAGGAUGUGCAGGGUGUAUAUGGUGGAAGAGUCUGAGGACCAGCCGGGUAAACAUCUGUAUAUAGCAGACACGCUGUCGCGCGCAUACGAGCCGAGCGCGAGCGUCGAGCAUGCCGGCCGCGAGGCGCUGCACGACGAGGUGUGCGCUGUGGAGCGAGCGCUGGCCGUGGUCGCCGACCGCCACUUCACCGACCACCAGUUUGUCGCGUUACAAAAACAAACUGACACUGACGACGAACUUGUGCAGUUAAGAAAAUGUAUUUUAAAAGGGUGGCCGGAUGAUAGAAAAGAUUUAGUAGACGUACUAAGGCCUUAUUGGACGUAUAGGGAUGAGUUAACUGUGGCACAAGGGAUAGUGAGGGCUCCAGAUAGAUGGGGUAACUGGAUCUAA